AUGUCCUCGUACAUGCACAGGGAUUAUUCUCAGUUGCAGCCUGUAGAGCACAUUGUACAUUCAAAAGUGGAUAUUAAAAGUUCUUCAUCAGACUUGACUUCGUCAACGUCUUACAGUAGCAAUCAGACUGGAAUGUCGGUGGAGCAAAGUCCUGCAUACUUUCCUUCUUCUUAUAUGGAUAAUAGACAUGACUACUCCAUCGCUUUUUGCAAUCCAUCUGCUGUAAACUACAAUAUUCCCGGGAACUCCAGUGAUUCGGAAAGUUCCGUAAUGAGACAAGCUGUCAGUCCAAGUUUACUUUGGACGACCCCAGACCAUGUGUCUCCUGUGACCUUGCAUUGUCAGUCCUCGAUGCUAUAUGCUGACCCACCAAGAAGUCCGUGGUUUGAAGCCAAACAAGAAGAACACAUCUUGCCUCUGAACAGAGAGGCAGUCAAAAGGAAAUCUACAAACAGCGAAUGUCCGACUCACAUUGCAAACAACCCUGGAUCUAAAAGGGACACCCAUUUCUGCGCAGUGUGCAGCGACUAUGCGUCUGGUUACCAUUAUGGCGUCUGGUCGUGUGAAGGCUGCAAAGCAUUCUUCAAAAGGAGCAUUCAAGGACACAACGAUUACAUCUGUCCUGCAACAAACCAAUGCACUAUAGACAAAAACCGGAGAAAGAGUUGCCAAGCUUGUCGACUUCGGAAAUGCUUUGAAGUAGGAAUGAUGAAAUGUGGAACAAGGCGUGAACGGUGUGGAUAUCGCAUUGUACGGCAUCGGCGCCACUCAGAAGAUCAGAUGCAUUGUAUUGGAAAAAACAAAAAGAUGAUUGAAAGCCUAGGACGGGUAAAGGAGGUACUCCCUUGCUCCAUAGGCCCGGAACAGUUUGUGUUGAGUUUACUUGAAGCAGAACCCCCAAACGUAUUGCUAAUGAACCGUCCAAUCAAACCCUUCACAGAGGCGUCCAUGAUGAUGUCCCUGACCAAGCUUGCCGACAAGGAAUUGGUUCACAUGAUAGGGUGGGCCAAAAAAAUUCCAGGUUUUGUGGAGUUGAAGCUGUAUGACCAAGUGCGGCUCUUGGAAAGCUGUUGGCUGGAAGUUUUAAUGAUGGGAUUAAUGUGGAGGUCUAUUGAUCACCCAGGAAAACUAAUUUUUGCCCCAGACCUUGCUUUGGACAGAGAUGAAGGUAAAUGUGUGGAAGGAAUUUUGGAAAUCUUUGACAUGCUUCUAGCUACUACUUCGAGAUUUCGAGAGUUAAAACUUCAACACAGAGAGUACCUGUGCCUGAAAGCUAUGAUACUCCUUAACUCCAACAUGUUUCCAUUCUUCAGUGCCGAGGAGGAGUCAGAAAGCAGCAGAAGGCUCCACCACCUUUUAAACACUGUAACCGAUGGUUUGGUUUGGGUUAUUGCCAAGAGUGGGAUUUCAUUCCGGCAACAGUCGACACGUCUGGCUAACUUAUUGAUGCUUCUCUCUCAUGUUAGACAUGCCAGUAAUAAAGGAAUGGAACAUUUACUCAACAUGAAAUGCAAAAAUGUGGUGCCAGUCUACGAUUUGCUACUGGAGAUGUUGAAUGCACAUACUCUACGAGACCAACGGAAGUCCAUGACUGCUCCAGGUUACAUCUCCAAGUCACAGAGUGAGGGAAGAGACACAGGACUGCCUGCUCAAUGACAACACAGAACACGAACACAAAUCCGGAAUGCAUUCUUAGAGAGACCAAUUAUUCCAAGGUAA